AUGGAGGCCUUGAUAGGCAUCCCAGUGGGGCUCCAAGGCCAUAUUAAGAAUGGGGCGGUGGACGUGGACGAGGUUGUGGGCUUGGGCUUGGGCUUGGGCUUGGGCUUGGUGGCCGAGGCUCAUACUAUGGCAACAAGGAUAGUAGUAGUAGAGAUGGCAGUGAUUUCAGCUAUGGAAAAUGGAGCGGUGGACGUGAGCAUGGUGGCCGAGGCUCAUAUAUGCUGUGGAGGUGGAAAUAGUGGCUGGGGCGGAAUUGUUGGUUAUGUUGGCAACGCCUCUAAAUGGGGUUCAGAUAACAAAGACAAAGGGCAUGGUUCCAAGUGGGGUUCUGACAAUAAAGAAGGGAACAAUAGUAGUUGGGGAAGCUUUCCUGGUGCUAAAGUACAUAAUACUCCAGGUGAGGAAGCAUUCCCUGGUGGCUGGGGUAGUGGUGGUGCUGGUAAUAGUGGUGGAGGUGGAAGUAGUGGUUGGGGCGGAGCUGGUGGUUAUGCGAGCAACGCCUUUGGAUGGGUUUCACAUAACAAAGACAGCGGGCAUGGUUCCAAGUGGGGUUCUGACAAUAAAGAAGGGAGCAAUGGUUGUUGGGGAAGCUUUCUUGGUGCUAAAGUACAUAUUGCUCCAGGUGAGGAAGCAUUCCCUGUUGGCUGGGGUUUAAGUGGUGGUGGUGGUAGUAGCGGUGGAGGUGGAAGUAGUGGCUGGGGCACAUCUGGUGAGCGAUGUUGGCAACGCCUCUGGAUGGGGUUCAGGUUCUAA